AUGGCGACUGACAGAGGAGCGAAGACAGUCGCUUCGCAAGUUCCUUUUCACGAUAUAUGCUCUUUGCUGGAGAAAAUCCACAGUAAUAAAGGCACUGAUAAAAAGAAGGGUAUUUUAAGGUCUUUUACUGGCUCAUGGCGAGAAACACAUAACAAAAUUCAUGGAGACGCCAAAACAGUGAGUGCUAGCUAGCUUGAACAUAUAUUAGCUAGUAACCGGCCUACCGCGAUUUUAUAUUGUCAAAAGUAUUUACGGUACAUUACGAUAAGCAGAUAGAAAUCGUACUUUAAUUCUGGAAAGAUUAUUUGUUGGUAUAUAGUUAAACUUAUGUAUAAACGCCUGGGGGAUUUCUUUAAUUUAAAUAUUGAUGUUGUUUACCUUCUAGGGGGAAACCCCUUCUUGUACAGGGGAGGGCCCCAAGUCAGAUUACAUUCAUAUGUUUUUUACGAUAUAGUCCAUGAAUAAUCCUUUCUUGUUCUGAAGCAUGUUUUAUUUGGAAUGGAAUGUUUCCAUGGUCCAUGUCGGCUGCGCAGAAAUCAGAAAAUGAAGUUUAUACGCCUAACAGCUCUUUUCCACCCAUAGCAAAAACCAACUUGCAAGCUCAAUGCAGCAUGGUGAUUGGUUGAAAGAACUUGCAGCGAGCUUGCAAGUUGUGAUGUAUGGAAAAGAGGCACAAGGCUUGUCAGUUUUCAGUGGCGUAACCAGCCCGACGAUUUGGUCCCGCAAUGCAAAUUUCAACUCAUCAUUAUUCAUUUCUUUAGAAGUUGUGUUGAUAGUUCAUAAACAUGGCAAUAUUUGCAUAGCAGGACUGAAUCGUCGGGCUGGCUAGUUGUACUUGUCCAGUAUUGUCAAUUUUGAUCGUAUCUGUGCAAUUUAAUGUAGGACGAUUCAUUCUUUCCUGCAAUGCGACUGCUUCUACCUCAGUUCGAUAAAGAACGACCAGCGUAUGGAAUGAAAGAGGUAGAGUUCAAUCAACGUGAUCAUAAAUUACGUAAUAGUAAAGUACACAAUUCAAUUACCCCCUUCCUUGGCCUGGGAGCCUUGCUCUGCUGAAUCAAGAGAGAGGCUAUUCAAUCACGAUUCACAAGAAUGAGGCUCCAAGGCCAAUCAAGGAAGGAUUAGUGACAUAAUUAUCAAAAGGGUGUAUUAAUAAGUUCUCUGUAGGUUCUAUGAAACAUAUUUAAAGGCGUGUGAAUUGAACAAGUCACAUAUUAUUAGCACUGAUGAAAAUCCAGGCUUACAGAUCGAAAGCUUUGCAAUAAUAAAUUUACGUGGUGUUUCCACAAGGGUGUAUUAAAUAAUAAUUCAUAAUAAUUUGACAUGUAUAUUUCCCAUGAAGGCAGCUUUAGCUCGUCAUUACAUUGAAAUACUCAGCAUUGGCAAAGACAGCUUGGACGCAAAAAAGCUACUCAAUUAUAAAGCACCAACUCAUGCAUUGAAGGUAGGUGUCUCCAAUAUUUUAAAACUGAAUAACAAAUUUGUACACAGUACUAGAGUACUAUAAUUUUGCACAUAUACUAUCACUCUGUGUUUUGAUAAAAUUGAAUUGAUUUAUAAUAAAUCCAAAACAAGUGCCUUUAAAAAUUUGAUACAGGAUGCGGGUGACUUUGCAAUGGUGGCAUAUUUUGUUUUAAAGAAUCGAUGUCCUGAAAAAGGGAGGUUUGUAGAAUAAGGAUGUUAGAUUGUCUUGACAGUAUGUAUUGCCCUGUAUUCAACACUGGUUGUAUUCAGAUUUUUCUAUGUUCUGUAGUCUGACAAUAAAACAAGUGAAUGACCUUCUCGACAAAGUUGCCAUGGGCAACAUGGAACAUAAAAAGGCCGACACAAGAAGUGCUUUGCAAAUUCUACUGAGAAACACCAGUGCUGUAGAACAGGUACUGUUGGGUUCUUUGUCACUAAGUAUGAGCCAGGUUGAUUGUCAAAAAAUCUUCAUUAAAAAAGUACAUUUUAAUUUAGAAAUGGUUGAUACGAAUGAUUAUGAAGGUAAUAAAAUAUUUAAAACGCAUGCAAUACCAAUAUUUUUUAUGAUUGAUUCCAAUUUUACUUUCAAAUCUAUAAUAUUUAAAAGCAAGUCAUCCUUUUUAGGAACUAAAAGUUGGCAUAAGUGACAAAUCAAUUUUUGAUGUCUACCAUCCUGAUGCGAUGGACGUUUUUAAUGUUUGUAGCAUUCUUUCAAAGGUAUAAGAAAUGAAUUACUUGGUAACGAAAAAUGAAAGAUAGCUACGGACCUCUGACGCAUUACACGCAGCAAGAUUGCCUUGUCUGAGACUUAAUAUGGAUAAAUAAGUAUGAAUUACAUUGCAUAAGGGACAUGUACAUGCCCUGAUGCCAACUCCCCAUGCUUUCCACUUUAGCGCCCUCAAUUCUCGAUAAAAAAUGAGUAAAGUGUCCUUUUCUAAUGUAAAGUUCCACAUCGUUAGGACGUAGUGCCCCACCCAUUUUCACAUUCUUCCUAUGCCCCUGACCUUACGUAUGUCCUAUCCAUUAGAAACGCAUCGUAUAAGGAUUACAAAGAUAAAAUGUUUUGUGUUUAAGGUUUGUCAAGAUCUUAAAGAUCCCACAGUGAGAAAGAACGACUCAGAGAUCACAUUGUUCUCAGCAUUUAAACCAAUGUUGGGUCAACGAGCAGCCAUUGAUGAAGUACGGUAUUAACAUCUUCUUCCUCAUCUUUUUAUUCCAUGUCUCUGACUGGUUCUCCUUCAUCUCUUCUUAUUACAUGUUCAUACCAUCUCAACCUUGCUUCCCUCACCUUCUCUGCAAAGUCUACCACUCCACAUUUUCUUCUGAUCUCUUCAUUCCAUAAUGUCUCUGACUGGUUCUCCUUCAUCUCUUCUUAUUACAUGUUCAGACCUUCUCAACGUUGCUUCCCUCACUUUCUCUGCAAUAUCUACCACCCCACAUCUUCUGAUCUCCCAGCUCUCUUAAUCUCUUCUUACGUGUCCAUACCAUCUCAACCUUGCUUCCCUCACCUCCUCUGCAAUAUCUACCACCUAUCAUCUUCGAAUCUCGUAUAUUAGAUCACAUAUCAGUUCAGCGUUAGUACGAUACUUAUAAAACUCGCGAUAUUUUCAGGUUGAAAAGUUGAUGAACGAACAAGAAUUUAUUAUCGAGACAAAACUGGAUGGAGAGAGAUUUAUGCUUCACAAACAAGACAAUAUGUUUAAAUACUUCUCAAGAGGGUUGGUAGAUUCUGUCCCCAAUUUAAAAAGAAAUUUACCUACAUAUAAAAAAUAUGUUAACUUAUUAUUGAUAUAUGAAUGUUGAAAUAACUGUUUGUUAAAAUAACUGUUUGUAAAAACAUGUAAAUUCAAUAAUAAAGUAUGAUUAUUAAAAUUAUUUUAGUUCGAAUGAAUAUACGACGACGUUUGGUAGUUCACCCAAUGAAGGAUUUCUCACACCAUUUAUUGCAAACUGUUUUUCCAGGUAGGUUUUUUGCUGCGGUGUUGUGAUUGGAUGUAACGUAUUAAUCACUGAUUUCCUAUCUACUCACAUUGAACUUUUCUAUUUUCCCAGUAAGGUGAAGUCGUGUAUUCUUGAUGGUGAAAUGAUGGCUUUCAAUGCUUCCAAUGAAAUAAAAUUUGUGUAUGGAACUUUAACUACUAAUACUGUAUAUUCAACAUGAAACAAACUUGAAACAAGUGCAUGAUUUAAAGCUAAACAGAACUAAGUUAAAUAUUGGAGAGCUCCAUCAGUUCUAAACUGUUCUUCCUAUAAAUGGUCCAGUACUCCAAUAAAUGUCGUUCCUCAUUGAUCCAGUGUUACUACAGGAGGAAUUCACUUUACCUAUAGUAACCUAACAUUGUAACUUAACUUCCGUAGAUCAAAAGGAGCUAACAUCGAUUUUAAAAGUGAAAAAACAUACUCUGGAGAUUCCGGUAUGAUACGCACGAAUAACUAAAUUCUACAUUAAACCAAUAGUUCUAUUCGUUUAUCGACGCUUUCGUUAUUCUACACAGGCCUUCAUCCAUGUUUUGUUGUUUUCGAUGUUUUGUUGGUGAAUGGUAAAAGUAUCGCGAGUUUAUCCCUCAAAGAACGACUGGCAAAUUUAGAAAAGUAUGUU